CACAUUUCUUUAGUGUAGCUUUCAGAUUGUCAAUCGUGCCGCCCUCCAGUCCGAAUUGAUUCGUUCUCGUUUGUAAUCAUUUUCCUUCCCUCUUAUAGAUCGCAUGUUGCUAAGCGAAAGGCUGCAAUCACGAAGAUUCAGAGAACAAGUCGGCCAAGUGACUCAUCCUUGAACCGGAGCGCGAUCGAAGGUGUCGGAGAUGUUCCUCUCCCUCGAGGAGGCCGGGAGGAACAUCAAAAACAAAACGAGGUAGGCACCCGAGUGCCAUGAACAACAAAAAAAUGCAAAUUGGCCCCUCGGCGCAUCACCCGGACACUAAUCGAAUCUGUGAAAGUUGAACACACGCUGACUGUGAUUGUUCUUGAGUGCGCGACUCCGCGGCGCGCGCACUGGGUGAGAAAAGCGCAGACUUGACCUGCGUCAGACUUGUGAGGCGAAGAAGAAGCGCACUAAGGGGGCGGAGCCACCACCACCACCACACUUGUCCUCUCGUUGAGCCGAGUCUCGACCCGCUCACCAGCUUGAUCCUCUUGUCAGCCGUAGCAGCCCCAUGCUACUUCUGUGCGUAAAAGGCGCACGGGACGGAGGCCGCCGCGCGCCUCAUCGUUCUCGUCUUCCUCCUUCAGAUGGCUUGAGUGAACUUGACUCGGGUCCGAAUUCGGCGGUAUGAUCGACUGCGACGUGAGCCUGAGCUGCGCGCACUGCCCUGAGGGUGGAGGCGCCUCCGCUGCCGCCGCCGCCACGGCCAAGUACGAAGAGGUAUCCGGCUCGCCGCCGUCGCUCAGCCCGACGGGUCACCUCGUGGUGGCCGUGUGCCUGGGCUCGAUCGGCACGCUGGGCUUGGUGUGCAACUCGGUGGUGCUGGCCCUGUUCUUGCGCUACCGGGCUCUGCGCACGCCCAUGAACUUGAUGCUGGUCAGCAUCUCGCUCAGUGACCUGCUGGUCAGCGUACUCGGGACCCCCUUCAGCUUCGCCGCCAGCAUCCACGGACGAUGGCUCAUCGGGCGCGCGGGUUGCGUGUGGUAUGGCUUCAUCAACGCCUGCCUGGGCAUCGUGUCGCUGGUCUCGCUGGCUGUUCUGUCGUACCAGCGCUACCGCACCAUGACAGCGCCUAACGCGGCGGAUGGUCGUGACUUCCGUCCGGCGCUGACCGGCAUCUGCUUCGCCUGGUUCUAUUCGGUGGCCUGGACGCUGCCGCCCUUGCUGGGCUGGAGCCGCUACGGGCCCGAGGGUCCCGGCACCACCUGCUCGGUGGACUGGCGCUCGCGGACGGCCAACAACGUCUCCUACGUGGUAUGCCUGUUCGCCUUCUGCCUGGCGCUGCCCUUCGGCGUCAUCGUCUUCUCCUACGGCAAGCUGCUACGCGCCAUCACGCAGGCACGCAGCACCAGCUCUGUGGCAACACGGCGGCGGGAGCGGCGGGUGCUGGUCAUGGUGGUCACCAUGGUGCUCUGCUUCCUCCUCUGCUGGCUGCCUUACGGCGUGGUGGCCCUGAUAGCCACCUUCGGGACUGGGGAACCCCUCGGCCCGAAGGCCAGUAUCAUGCCGUCGCUGCUAGCCAAGUCCUCGGCAGUCGUCAACCCCUUCAUCUACAUCUUCAUGAACAAGCAGUUCCACCGCUGUUUCAGAGCCUUCUUCAGAUGCUCGGCCGUGGAAGGAGGCUCCACCUUCUCCAUGGUGACCAAGACGCUACGCAGCGUCCAGCCGGACCUGCGCGACCGCCGUGUGAGCCCCGCCACGCCGUCGUCUGCUCACGCCUCGCCGCCAUCCGUCCGCCGGUCUUCCGAGGUGAACGACCGGCCGCCGAGUCUGUCUGACCGUCCUCGACCCAGACUCGCUCUGGUGGCUCAUUACAGACAGUGACUGAUGUCUCUUGACUAGAGAGGUCCCGGAGGUGCUUGAACACAAACGGCCCCUAACCCACAAAGAGGACACGGAUGAGCAAAUAAAAACAGUAAUGGCUUGAAAAUGAAAACAGGCUCUGAGUGGGGAAAGGCCCACAAACAGAGUGAUGUUUAUUUUGUUUGUUUUGCUGAGCGGGUUGCUUUGUUUAUUUGAUAUUUGGUACAUAAAAAGUAUGUACAUAAUUAAAUUACAAUUGAGUAGUUGUGUUCUUUAUUAAAAAUAGCUAACAUGUUUAUUUUAUUUUUGUAAUAUUGCAUCUAUAUUUUUUACAUUGUUUAAACAUGUGACAUGAUUAAAAACAUUGUUUGCACAUUCAUGUUAAUGGUUGGAUAAAAUAAAACAUGUUUUUAUUUAGAUUCAUGUUUGAUUCAUGUCGUGAAUCAAGUCAUGAAUCGAGUCAUGAUUAAAAGCAUUGUUUGCACAUUCA